UUGAAAAGAAGCCCUCAUCUCUUUUCAUCGCCCUUUGCGACCGCUGCCUCAAGCCCGCCGUCGUCCGCGAGCUCUCUCUCGUUCCUACGCCGCCGUCCUCACCACCACCGCUUCCGCCGCCGGCGCGAGAAAUAGUUAUCUUCUUUCCGCCUCAGUCUUCACCGAUACGGAGGAGUUCCCAAAGCUUCCUGUUUAUUUUACAUUAGUUUUGAUUUGAGAAGUUCGAAACGAAUUAACAAUCCUAAAUUUUCCCUACCAUAAUUAAUUUACACGCAUUUAGUCGUAUGAUAGAAAAGAGACCCAUUAAUUGCACGGCGCACUACAGGAGAUGGCCACUUCGUGCUUCGUCGCUGCUCAGCACCUUGCUCUGCCGCAGCGUGGCCUACUAUCACAGCAGCAGCAGCAGCAGCUGCGGCGGCGUCACGCUGCGCUCCACAACUGUGGCCGCAGAAACUGCUGGAGGCUUUUUAGGAGGAAAAGGAGGAUCGGCUGCUACCUGGAAGAGCCUGGAAAGAGAUCCGCUUCUGCAGGAGGCCACGAGGACUCUUCUGCCACCGGGAUCCAACUCUAUUCUCAGAUAGAAAGAAUAAUUACUGAAACAGCAAGGCAGUCUCAAGAUGGAUGGAGUUUAUCCAAAGAUUGGAGUGAUAUCGAGGGUGCGUGGGUUCUUAAACCAAAAACUGCAAGGCCUACCUGUGUUGUUCAUUUUAUUGGUGGCAUUUUUGUUGGAGCUGCACCUCAACUCACAUAUCGCUUUUUUCUUGAGCGUCUUUCAGAGAAGGGAGCUUUGGUUAUUGCAACACCUUUUGCUAGUGGCUUCGACCACUUCUUAAUAGCAGAUGAAGUGCAGUUCAAGUUUGACAGGUGUCUGCGAUUUUUACAGGAGAUAGUAACCGGGCUUCCAACAUUUGGUGUUGGUCAUUCUUUGGGAUCUGUAAUCCACCUUCUAAUAGGAGGCAAGCGUAGCUGUUCCAUUAUUCUCUCCUGUUAUUGUUCCAAUGGCUCAAAGUUUUGGUCCGGUUCUAUCCCAGCUAACGUCAUCGCCUACAUUUCGCAUGGGGAAAUGGCUAUAAAACAACUGGAAAAUUUCAGUCCACCAAUCAUGAGACAAGUUCUUCCUCUGCUUGAGCAACUUCCUCCGUUAUAUAUGGAUUUAGUAAAGGGGAGAGAAGAUUUUACUCCAAAACCUGAAGAAACUCGCCGAUUGAUAAAGUCUUACUAUGGUGUUUCUCGGAAUCUCUUGAUAAAGUUUAAGGAUGACAACAUUGAUGAAACUCCUACUCUAGCCCAAGUGCUAAGCUCUGAAUCCGCCAUUAGUUCAGCAUUAGAUAUGUCGAUCCGGUCGAUGCCAGGGGAUCAUGGACUUCCAUUGCAACAGGUCAUCCCAGAUGUUCCGCCAGCGAUGGCUGAUGCAGUGAACCGUGGUGGGGAGUUGAUAGCGAAUCUGACAGCUGGAACACCGUGGGAAGCAGUGGCAAAAGAAGUGGGCAAUACGUUGGGAACAGACUCGGGGCUCCUAAGGGCACAAAUCUCUAAGGAUGUUAAUAUGCUAGUUGACGUCAUUGCCUCCUGGAUGGCUUCCAACUCCGGCCCAAGAAUUCUUCGACCAUGAUUACAACUGGACUGUUGGACAACUGGAGGCGGGGAAAAGGGGCCAAAAAAAAUACGGAUGAAGAAAAGAUAGGAACCACAGAUUUACACCAAAUGAUGAAACACACACCUAUAUUAUCUCUUCACCACACUGUAACAGUGAUUAAAAUGUAAAAACUAAGAGCUGUUCUUCAUAAAAUCCAGCGAAUGUUUGAGCUUCUUGAUGUACAAAUUUUACUUUGGUUAGUACUGCUCGUUAGUCCACCGAACUUCUAGUCGUGUUUCACUUUGGUCCUCUUUUUUAAGAAAAAAAGGUCAUUUUAU